AUGAAGUUACCAAAAAUAACCUUUAGAGGACAUGGCUUGAUUAUCCAAUCUAAACUUCCAAUGGACAUGUCAGCCUCUGAAAUCUGGAAUAACAAAUAUCACAGUUAUGUUUUACAAAGACACUGUGUUGACAAAGACUCAGAUAGGUCCAUAGUGUCAUCUCGAACCUAUACAACCGGGGCUUUCAUGGAUACACUAGGACUUAUUCAAUAUUUUGAACCACCACCAAUUUUUAAAAAUCAUGGGUUUUUGCUUGAUGAUUCAAUUAUAAAAGACCCCGAUGAAGAUGAUAACUUGCCUAAUUUCCGAGAAUAUAUUAUUCAUGGAGGAACUUUUGAAUUUGAACGUGAUGUCUUUGACAAUACAGAUGAUUAUCAAAAGAAGGUUUUCUUAAGUGACAAUUGUACGUCUCAUAAAAAUCUCCCAUGUGAUUGUGAACAUUACAGUGUUUUCCACAAGUUGAAAUACUAUAGAAUGGUUAAUGUUUGUCCUGUGAAAUCCCUGGAGAGGAUCUUGGAAGAAUUGAAAAAGAACAAGCAUAAUAAUUGUGUUGAUGGCGUUUCAACUGAUUUGGUUAUUGAUAAAUCUUUGACAUUUGAAAAAUUUCAACAAAAUGGGUUUUGUUUAAAGAUUGAGAAAUUGUUUGAUGACCCAGAUUUCAAUAUCGAGAGCAUCAUCUCCAGCUUCAUAGGGUUUUUGAAAGAAAGACAGCUUAGUUAUAUGCCUCCAGAAUUCAAGGCCAGUAUAGCAUUUUGCCAUUUGAAAUGUCGUGAUGGAAUUUUUUCGCCAAAUGUAAAGACAUGCCCAAUAACUAUAGUUAAGCAAACAAAUUGCAGUUUGAGACAACUUUUGUGGUACCUUGUACAAAUAUUGAGAAGAUUAAACAGUAUGGUUUUAAGCUUUGGUACCUCUACAGGUCAUGUCUCAAGGUUUGAAAAAUCCUACCGUAUUUUAGACACCAUUUUCUUCUUUCCAGAGCCAGCAUCGACGAGGAAGGAAAAUGACAUUGAUCCAAAUGGAAAGCCUGGUGGGCAAACUGAGAGAGAGAAACCUCAUCAAAGAUUGUUGAAUUCUGAUGAUGUUGGACACGUUCCAUCUUGA